UUAUAAAAUUUAUAACUAUACAGUUUAUGUAUUUUAUUUUAGAAUAUCUAACUUAUCAACCAUUAAUAAAUUCUUAUAGUAUAUUGGUAUCUAUAUGAACCGGUGGAGACAAUAACUCUGAAGAUUUUCCUACAUGAAUAUAAAUAGAGACGAUCUUUACAUACUUUUCAAGUCUAUCUGCUCAUUUCCUCACAGGUUCAAAGAGAGAUAGAGAGAGUAUAAAAUUUCCAAAAUCACUCAUUGCAACACAAAGGCUGAGGCUAAUGGUUUCUCGACAAGAAGGAACCCUCUUCUCAAAAAAGAGGGGUUUAACAAUCUAUGGAGAAGAGUUUCACAAUUCAUUCAAGAAGACUAAUAUAGAAGAUCAAUCACAUGGUAAACUUCAGAGCACUAGACCAAACUCAGAGAGUAUGAGAUCAGUUACCUUUGAUUUCGAACUUCAUCUCCACACUCCUCUACAUUCAGAUUGGCAGAAUCAAGGGUAUUCAAGAACAUCUGAGGAUCAUAUGACAUACCACAAAAAUUUGGUGGUCGUCGGACGACCUAAGAUGAGCCUAGACCUUGAGCUGAGCCUUUCACCUUCUUAUUCACCUCCAAAAACCAGUACAAAGAUAGAUGAAUCCAUAAAUCACAGAGAGACCGUGUCACCAUCCAAUGGUAACAACUUGACAAGCCCGAGUAAGAAGACCACACUGUCUUGGCUUUCGUUUGACGGUGGUAAUGAUGUUGAUCACAAGGAUCAAGAGAUGGUAACAAAAGUGUGCAUGAAAUGCCACAUGCUGGUCAUGCUGUCCACACCAACUCCUGUUUGUCCCAACUGCAAGUUCAUGCACCCACGUGAUCACAGCUCUACAAGACUGUUCAAACCACCAAAUUUGCUUAGGCUCCUAUGCUAGGCUCUUCAGAGUUUUUGGAUAUUAAUGUGCGUACGGAAUAGUAUGAGCUGUAUAUACACUACAAGUACCAAAACUUUUAUUCCAUAUGCUUCCAUGAAGGAUAUAUCCUUUCUCUUUGUUUAUGCUUAAGAUUUCGUAACCUAAUAGUAUUUGAAUUGAAUUUUAACUGA